UAUUUAUUCCAUUAUUCCCUCCAGGAAUGCAUGUAGCCAAGGCACGGAAAAGCGGUGGUGCAGAGAUCGAAUCCUGGGGAGAGCAUGGAGGAAACCCUAAACAUGCGCCCCAAGAGGUCCAGAAGCACCAGCCUGCUUUGCUGCUGCUGUUUUGGCUCUGAUGAUUCUACGGCCGAAAGGUUCCUUCUCAAGCCCUCGUGGUUCCAGAGGCUCAUCGGGUCGAAUCCCGGGGGGGAAGGUACAGAUUCUCACAAGUGGUGGCGCAAGGGCUGGAAUAGCGUGAGGCGUGCGAGCGAAUGGUCUGAAACCCUAGUGGAGGAUUAUUCUCAGGGCUGCUGUGGCGGAGCCAAAUGGAAGCACUUCGUUCGGAGGUGUAAGGCCGACGGGAAAUCCAUCUAUAAUUGCAAGCCUGCGAGUCUAAAUUAUGAUCAGAUAAGUUAUGAGCUGAAUUUCGAUGACGGGCCGAGGGAUUAUCAGUACGAGGGAUUGCCUGCCGCGGCCAAUUUUCCGCCCUCCGUGAAGCUGAAAUACGAAGAAAGCCCCAAUGGAUGCCCGAAUCCUAUAAAAAAGGCUCUGAUUUAAAUUAGUCACGAGUGCGUUGGAGAGGAAUCCUGUUCGUUGUUGCUGGGAAAAAAAUAGCACCUAUGCGUAAAUCUUUCUCUGGGUUGAGUACCCCAUGUAUCAGUAGAAAUUCUUUUUGAGGUCCGUUGGCUCUAUUCUUUGUACUGGGAUUUUUUGCUUGUAGGGUGGGGGAUUUUAAUAUGUGAACAUUGGGUUGUUUGCCCUUUUCAAUGAUCCAAUGGAGUAUAUGUAUUUUAGGGUUUGCAAUUAUUAAUACUAUUGUCAUUUUGGAAGA